AUGGUUGGUAAAGAGGAAUCGCAAUUGUCUCAAUUGAUUCUGUUCAACCUCUUCGUAAUUGGUUUAAAUCCAUGGAAGUGUAACAGAACCGCUAUAUUCUUAAGAAUGUUUUUGCUUGUGGAUAUAACUUCUUUACUGAUUUCAACUUUAGUGGAUUUAGAUUGGAAUAUCACGGAGGAUGUGAGCAGAGUUCUUUUGAUUCCAGGAAUGUUCGUGGGAACGUGCAAAUGUUUGUUUCUGAUUUUUAAACAGAAGAAAAUGAAAAUGCUGCUGCAAGGAACCGAAUUGCUUUGGAACGUGAACAUGUUUGGAGCUGAAGUUGAAGAUAAAAUGAGAAAACAUCAAAAAUUUGCUUACAAAUAUAUGGGAUUUUAUGUUUACGCAGGAUUUGCUUCUGUGUUUUUUAACCUGGCUAGAGAUUUGUGGGAUGGUUACGAACUUAUAAUACCUUGUUAUACUUUAUGUGAUAUAACCACAACCUCUUGUUAUGACAUCUACAUGAUCUGGCAAAUUAUAUUUUGCUUGAUUCACGCAAUACCUCUCACCAUGGGCUUCGACGGUUUCUUUCUGCACAUGAUCACCGAAUGCUACGUUGGAAUCGAGAUGAUUAAAGUUGGAUUUGAGAAGAUGUUAAAAGAUCCUGAACGUUUCGAUACCGAGAUGAACGAAAUAAUAAUACAACAUAAUUUGGUAUUACAAUUUGUUAAGGAAACUAACGAAUUGUUCGUUUAUAUUCUGUUGCUUCAAUUUGCCUGUUCACUGAUUUCUCAAAUGUUUUGCCUCUUCAUGCUUACACUCGACGGAUUUCCACCUGAUAUCGAUAAAUUGAGCACUUACGGAACGCCGUAUCUAGUUUUCAUCUUGCAAUUGCUUCUGUAUUGCUCAGCAGGAAAUUUGAUUAUGGUUCAAACUUUAAGUUUAGGAGAUGCAGCUUAUGGAGUUCAAUGGUAUAAGAAACAUUACAUCAAAUUGAGAAAACCUUUGGCCACAAUUAUCCUGAGAUCUCAAAGAGCUGAGACUAUGUCAAUUGGGAAUAUAGCACCAUUAACUUUAGAGACUUACUUAAACAUAACUUUAAUUUUCUGCGGCAUACCUCUGACGAUGGGUUUCGAUGGUAUUUUUCUGCACAUGAUUACCGAAUGUUACAUUGGAAUUGAAAUGAUGAAAGUUGGAUUCGAGAAGAUGUUCAAAGAUCCGAAACUGCUCGAUCUUGAUAUCAAAGAUACU